GUUAAUUAAAUCGGCCCCCUUUCAGAUCAGGAGGGUGGUCGUCCGCUCGCAUGCUGGAUUGAUUGGUAAUCGACUGGAGGGCUAGGGAAUGGAAGCGAAACGGACAGGGGAGUGAAGGAGGUGAGAGAGAGGGAGAGAGAAGGCAGGGAAAAGGGGGUGAGAGAGAGGGAGAAAAAAGGCAGGGGGGGAAGGGGGUGCGAGUGAGGGAGAGAAAAGGCGGGAGAAGGAGGUGAGAGACAGAGGGGAAGAAAAGGCGGGAGAAGUUGGUGAGAGAGAGGGAGAGAAAAGGCAGGGGGGGAAGGAGGUGCUUUCCAGCGACGUCCGGACAAGACGGGAGGGCAGCAUCUUCAGGCUACUUGACAGAUUGAUUGGUACACAGUGGGGCGUACCGCUAUGGAUUGGCAUGAAGAGGGGGCACGAGAGGAAGCAGCAGAAGCGGCGGGGGAGCAGGAGGAGAGAGUGGUCAUGGGGAGGAGCCACCAACGAGAUGAUUGCAAGGAUGGAGGGAGAGACAGCGGCCAAGAGGCACUGUCGGCGAGGUUAUCUGGGCACAAGAGAAAAGCGGAGAAGGAGGAGGUGGGAAGCGGGGGGGGGGCUGGUCGGGACGAAGGGUGCCCCGAGAACGUGACUAUGGGUGUGCCAGCCAAGGAGCAGGAGGAGAAGGAGGAGGAGGGUGAUGGAGGUGGCAAUGAGGAGGAUGGGCGCCCUCAGCAGCGUGUAAAGAUCAAGGAGGGGGGUGAGGGGAAAUCACUCAACGAUAAGGAGGGAGAGGGAGGGGAUGGCCAUAGACACAGACAUAAACACAAGCACCACCAUAGAUCCAAGAAGCAUAAGGUAGAAAGGGAGAAGGGUGAGGAACACAAGAGGGACAAGGGAGAGAAGGGAGAAUACAAGAGCGAGAAAGGACGAGAGAAGGGAGGGGGAGGAGAGGGGGAGGGAAGGAGCGAUAAGGAAAAGCGAGUGGAGCACCACAAGAAGGAGAGGGAAAGCGGCGAUGGCGGCGGCAGUGAGAGAGAGAACAGAACCGAGAAGAAGUCCAAGCGAGGUGGAGAGCACAAAAGCGAGAAAGGGCCCGGGGGGGACCACAGGAAGGAGAGAGAGAGAGAAAGAGGGGGAGGGGAGGAACGAAAGAGAGAGAGGAAAAGAGAGCGGAGAAGUGGCAAGCGAGGAGAAAGAGAGGGUGACGUGGCGAUGCCGGAGGCGACCACAUAUGUCGCCGUGGUCGGUCACACUGCUGCCGCGUCAGCGGCAGGAGGAGCUUCUGCUUCUGCUCUCCCCGCCUCGAUGGCCAAGGCGGGAGCCGCUGAGAAAGGAAAGGUUGUACGGACGAAGGAUGUGAUUGCAGAGGAGAGAGAGGAGGGGCAAAUUUCCGACGAUGGCGAUGACGGGCGUAGGCCCACGGCGGCGGGAGGAGGCGGCCGGGGUCUGAAGACGCCUAGGGUGCCAGAGUCGGAGCCUGAAUCUGGAGAGAUCAAGGAUUCCGAUCCCGAUCCCGACUUGUCGGGUGUGGAGGGAGGAGGAAGGGGAGGAGGAGGAGGUAGAGGAAGAGGAGGAAAGGAAGGAAGAGAGAGAGCAGAAGAAGGAGAGGGCGGUGUUUGUGCUGCUGAUCCUUCGGCGGCGGGAAGGAGGGUCGUCGUUGCCGCCAAAGGGCGCAGGGAGGACAAGAGAACGACGGCGAGUUUUGAAGAAGAGUCAGCGGUCUCGGUCGUUGACCGGACGAAGUUUUCGUUGUUGUCAUCAGUAAGUAAUCACGGGGAAGGCGGGGGGGGGGGUGACGGGGAGAACGGGGUGUCGGAGGAGCUUCUUCUGUCUGCGAAGCAGGGGGAAGGUCUGGCUAUGGCCGUUUCGUCCGCGUCUAGAAGGAUUGAAGCUCCAGCUAUGGCGGCAAAAGGAGAGGUCUCGUCUUCUUCAGCCGGUGCUCGGCAUCGAAAAAAGGUACCCGAUACCGAUGUGAGAGAAAAUGGCCAUGAGAUUUGUGGAAGCAUGAUGGAUAUUGCAAAUGCGUAUGGCUCGCCUGAUGAGGGGGAUGAUGAUGGCGUUAAUGGCUCACCAUCAAAGAAUGAGAAGCAAGAUGACAAGACUGUGAACCGUUCUCGAUCGACCAAGGAACGGACGCGGGAUAAGUCCAAAAGCAGUAGGAGCAAGUCUGUACAUAGCAAAGCGAAUGGGAGGGAGAAAGGGACUCACAGAAGUGGGAGGCACUCCAGCAGGGCAGCUAAGGGCAGCAGUGGCGAGAGAAAAGGAGCCGUGGGAACAGAUAACCAGGACGACUCAUCAGGAAAGGAAGGGGCAAAGGAGAAAGUAGGAGCAGCACAACACCAGCGUAGUUCCAAGGCGGGGCAAAUAUCGGAUAAGGAGGAGAUGGACCAAUCUGAGGAUGGAUUGGAUCGAAACGUUUCCAAAGAGGCAGAGCAGCCGAAGAAGCGGCAAGGAAUGGGCGGACGGAGCUCACCAACUCUUUCAGGAAGAACUGGUGGGCGGGCGUCGCGAUCCCCAUCGGUGGACGGAAGGAGACCCUCAAAAUCUCCUUCUCCGGGGAGAAGACGGCGCUCACAAUCUGCCUCUCUUCGGGUGAGGCAGAAGAGGUCGAGGUCGACAUCGACAGUCAGGCAUAGGGGCUCAAAAUCCCCUUCGGUCAAGCCAUCAAGCAGGCAACAUCAACGGUCAAAAUCGCCGCCAUCAUCAAGGCAUCAACGAUCAUCUCAUUCACCAUCACUCAGACGGCGUGGGGUGUCAAGGUCUCCGUCGAUGAGACGGCAUCGGUCGUCAAGGUCACCAUCUGUAAGACGACAUCGGUCAUCAAGGUCAAGAUCAGCAUCGGUGAGGCACCAACGACACCGGUCACGGUCGGGAUCCCCACUCUGGAGACACUCUCAGUCUCCCUCAACUGUGGUUCGACGACGAUCUCAAUCUCCCUCAGCUGCAGUUCGACGUCGAUCACGAUCCCCGUCAAUUCGGAGACACCGGUCCAGGUCAUUAUCUCCUUCUGCAAGGAAUCGGAGCGAUAGGUCUAGAUCUCAAGAGCGGGGGGAAAGAGAAGUGGAAAGGGGUUCAGAGGGUUACUGGCGGCAGUCUGCUUCAAGGGAUUGGCGCGGGGGAAAUGAUGUAGGUUUCUCACGACAUGACCGGAGCAGGGCGCGUUCCAGGUCCAGGGAUGGAGACAGAGACUUGCCAAGGUAUCCCGACCGCAGGGUAGGCUACUUCUAUGGCUGGAAUGGGGAUUGGACCAGAGCUCGAUGUGGUGGAUGGGGCUAUGACCGCUACUGGGACCGUAGGGCAGACCGUGGACAAGAAGGGAGUGUGGAUGGUGCAGGCAGGGCGUACAGAGAUCAGGGUUGGCGACCAAAUGGUCAUGGAAGGGGCUACGGGGAUGAUAGGAGGAGAGGGGAGGAGGAUCCAUCACGCUCUCGAGACCAGGAGAAUGGCAAUGCUGUGAAGGAGGAUGAGGAGGAGAAUCAAGCAGAGUAUGUAGAGCGGGUGGCGAUGCAGCUGGAAGAAGAGGAAGAUGUCGAGAAAAUAAAAGAGGAACGGAGGAAACGGCGGCAAGCUAUCUUAGACAAGUACAAGCAGCAGCAGGAGCAAGAUCAGCAACAACAACAGCAGCCUAAAGAACAGCAUGAACAGCACGAACAGACAGAACAGCAAAAACAGCAGGAACAGAAAGAACAGCAAAUACAGCAGCAAGAGCAGCAAGGACAACAACAGCAAGAGCAGGUUAUGCGGCAAGCAGCAGAUCAGCAACAGCAGGAAGCUCCUGCUGACAAGAUGCCAUCUGCACAGGAUGCAGCUGCAGCAGCAACUCAGGAAGAGCCUAAAAGACCAAGUCAGCCAACAGUGGAGAAAGCUAAUGCAGUUGACGAGUCAAAACAAGCCACUCAGCCUAGUGUUACCCGGACCGACCCAGCAGUGGAAGCACAUAUCCGUCAACGGUCGUCAGUGAAGCGCAGGGGUCAAAAGUUGAAGGCUGCAAAAAUUGACAUGUUUGCAGAUGACAUUUUUGGGGAGUCUCCAACAGGUUUCCGGAGGCUGGACAUGGUUGAUGGCUUGGUUGCGGAGGCUAGUGGGCUAACGGACAACUGGGACGACGCGGAAGGAUACUAUCGAUUCCGAGUUGGAGAGGUACUGGACAAUCGGUAUGAGACCUUGGCUUCUCAUGGUCGAGGUGUGUUUUCCACGGUCGUCAGAGCGCGUGAUUUGAGGGCAAGGAUAGGAGAUGUACAGAUUGUCGCGAUCAAGAUUAUCCGCAACAAUGAGACUAUGUACAAAGCUGGGCAGCAAGAGCUUGUUAUUCUCAAGAAGCUUGCUGGAGCUGACCCCGAAAACAAGCGGCACUGCAUCCGGCUUCUUUCCAGCUUUGAGUACAGAAAACAUCUGUGCUUGGUAUUCGAAUCUAUGCAUAUGAACCUCCGUGAAGUGCUGAAGAAGUUUGGAAGGGACAUUGGAAUCAACUUGACGGCGGUCCGCGCAUACGCGCACCAACUAUUUGUUGCGUUGAAGCACCUGAGGAAUUGUGGCGUCCUUCAUGCAGAUAUCAAGCCAGACAACAUGCUGGUUAAUGAGUCGAAGAGCACUCUCAAGCUCUGCGAUUUUGGAUCCGCCAUGUUUUCGGGUGACAAUGAGAUAACGCCGUACCUGGUAUCGCGGUUUUACAGAGCACCAGAGAUCGUUCUUGGUCUACCUUACGAUCAUGCCCUAGACAUGUGGUCUGUGGGGUGCUGCCUCUACGAGCUGUACACAGGGAAGAUGCUGUUUCCAGGAAACACAAACAAUGACAUGUUACGACUUCACAUGGAGCUUAAAGGCCCCUUUCCGAAGAAGAUGUUGAAAAAGGCAGCCUUCACUGAUCAGCACUUCGACCAAGAUUUCCAGUUCUGUUCACUAGAAGAAGAUCCAGUCACGAAGAAGGCCGUGAAGAGAAUCAUUACGAACUUGAAGACGAAAGACCUGGGGUCAAUGCUUGCUCAUGCUGGGGCGGGGGAUGAAGACCCACGGAUGUUGUCCAGCUUCAAGGACCUGCUUGAGAAGGUCUUCACCCUGGAUCCGGAUAAACCAGAGUUCCCAGGCCAGCAGUUCAGGGAUCGUAGGGUCAACGAGGGCACAAACCUUGAGUCAGUCCACCAGCAUAUGGCAAGCCAGCCAAUAAUGUUGACUCCCGAUGCAGCACUGCAGGAGGCGCAACUACAGAAGGCUGUAGGAGAGAAAAAGGCAGAGAAGGAAAAGAUGAUUAGAAGAAGAGCAAGGAUGCGGCGGAGACAAGCGGACGUUAGUGAGUUAGAGGGAAUGUACUUGACGGACAUGGAUGCAGAUGUGAGGACCCAGGAGGGUUCUCAAGAGGUCCUAGCGUACAGGUACGGUCUAUACGAAUUUGUGGUGAUGCCGUUCGGCCUUUGCAAUGCUCCUGGCACCUUUCAGCACGCAAUGAACCGGAUCUUACUUAUCUUCAGUAGGACUGUCGAGGAGCACGUUGGUCAUUUAGACAAAGAGCACAAGUUCAAGAUAAACGGGGAGAAGUGUGAGUUUGGCCGCACCCGUAUCUUGUUCUUGGGCCAUGAGAUUUCCAUGGAGGGAUUGAAGCCCGAUGACGCGAAGGUGGCCAGCAUUCGUGACUUGCGGCGUCCUCAGUCUGUGACUGAGAUGAGGUCCUUCUUAGGGAUGACCGGCUACUAUCGCAAUUUUGUGAAGAACUAUAGUAUAGUUGUCGCCCCUUUGACGGACCUGACCCGCCUUGACACCCCAUGGGAGUGGACAGACAGGUGUGAGACUGCUUCCAGACAUCUGAAGCAUGCUCUAACACACUAUGAGGUCUUGAAACUUCCUGAUCCCGACAAGCCAUUUAUAGUCACCACGGAUGCUAGCCAAUAUGGCAUAGGCGCCGUGCUCGCGCAGCAGGAGGGGCCAAAGUUGAGGCCUGUCGAGUACAUGUCCAAAAAGAUGCCCUCUCAGAAGUUGGCUAAGUCCAGCUAUGAGAAUGAGCUCUAUGCGAUCUAUAAAGCGCUAACCCAUUUUAGGCAUUACCUCCUUGGGCGAUUUUUCUACGUCAGGACUGAUCAUCAGACCCUGAAGUGGAUGAGAACCCAGCCUAUGCUCUCUGAUGCGCUGAAACGGUGGAUCGAAGUCAUUGAGCAGUAUGACUUCGAUUCGAGCCGCAGUAUCUCAAAAGGCGAGUAUAACAAAGUUGCUGGUGCGCUGUCGCGUAGUCCAGAUUUCUUCGGUGUGCUGAUCACUGAGUUUGGGCUUGCGGACGAUGUUACUCGUUCUUUGGUGGAAGCCUAUCGCGAGGAUCCAUUUAUGGCCGAGAUCAUACGCAGACUCGAGGCGAAGGACAAAGUGACUUCAGCCGAGUUUGAGUUGGUCAACGGCCUGCUGUUCCUUGAGAAGGCCGGGAAUAAACGUUUGUGUGUACCCAAUUGGGAGUCUGUGCGUAGUUUAUUUCUAGGUGAGUGUCAUGAUGCCGCAGGACGUUUUGGUUAUAAAAAGACUGCCGCCAACUUGCUGCAGCAGUUCUGGUGGCCCACAAUGAUGAGAGACGCCGAGCUGUACGUAGAGACCUGUCAGGGAUGUCAGAUUCACAAGUUGUGGAAGGCUGCAGCUGCAGAACAGGGUACACAGCUGCAGAUGACCUCCGGGAACCAACCAGAGGCGAAUGGCCAAGCAGAGCAACUGAACCGCGCUGUGCAACACCUGUUGCGGCACUACAUCAAGCCCAAUCAGGUCGACUGGGAUGAGAAACUUGCUCUCAUCGCCAGCCUGUACAACAACGCUGUGCACAGCGCCACUGGGGUGAGCGCUAACAGUCUGCUACUAACUUUCAAGCCUAGACUACCCCUUGACUUCCUAUUACCUGAGAACCAGCCGACUGCUGCACCUGGUACACUAGAGUUUGCCUAUCGAUAUGAACAACUGAUGCAACAGGGAGCAGAACAGCUGCACAGGGCAUAGUGAGCGAUGAUAGAUUCUGAGAAUAAGCACCGUCGCCCAUCUACAUUCCAGGUAGGGGACAGAGUCUGGGUAAAGUCCUCAGAACUGGGUCAGGAGCACGGGAUCUCCCGCAAGCUCAUGCCUCAGUACUUCGGACCCUGGGAGGUUCUAUAUAUAGUUGGGGAUGAUCCGGAUGGGCCUUCAUAUGUAGUUCAGAUCCCUGGUCACCUUCGCACUUACCCAGUUUUUCACUCCUCCAAGCUCACACCUUUCAGGGAAACUGACCAGUUUGUCGCUCAAUGCUGCCCCCAACCAUGGAUGGAGAGGUGGACAUCAACGACAUUGUGGAUCACACAGAAAUGCCAGUUGCAAGACCGACAGGCAGGGGACGUCCCCUGAAGCCGAAGCUGCAGUACCGAGUUCGGUUCAGACAUCACACUGAUCCAAAGGAGGAUAKAUGGUUCACACGGGAGGAACUCAUUCAGACCGCUCCACAGGUUGUCGCCCACUAUGAGAAGUUACUGCAGAAAGGAAAGCGCCAGAUUGAAUGAACUUCUCAGAGGGCU